GUUGCCCACGUGCGUUGAGAUGGCUAGGAGAGAAAGUCUUUAUCAUGAUACUGCUCGACUUAUUGACGAGCUAGAAGCUAAAAAGGGGUCACUGAAGAGUCUAGCAUUCAAGACUAAAGGUUUGAGCCUGCCAAGAAAGAAAGCUCUCUUUGUCUUAGCAGAGAAAACAAUUCAAAAACAGACAGUAUUAUCUCAAGUAAUAAAGGAAUCGAAGCUUUUGGAGAAGACAACAAAAUUAACGCAGUCACUAAGUCUUGUUAUCUUAUAUGAGUUAUUUUUUGGACAAGAGAAGCUAACUAUUAAAGGUCCUUUAACCAGAUCAGUCUUAAAGCACAGUGUAUUAUUACGUCAAAUAUUCAAUAAAGUAUCAAAGGAUUCUCCUAGCGAUUCUACUUCUAGUGAACUGCCUCGAUAUGUACGACUUAAUGCAUUGAAAUGUGCUUCACCAGUUGAGCUAACAAAUGAACUGGUAAAACUGGGAUUGAAAGAGGUACCUUUUAAUAAGGAUAUACAGUUUAUUUUGAAAGACAAAGGCAAUGAUUGGUACUUCAAAGAUGACCUAAUUCCAGAUCUUUAUGUGUUACCUUACUCAGUAAAAUUAACUAAUACAAGUCUGUACACUAGUGGUAAGAUUAUACUACAGGAUAAAUCUUCUUGCAUUGCAAGUUAUGUUCUCUCUCCUCCUCCUGGGGCUAGUGUGAUUGAUGCUUGUGCAGCUCCAGGCAGCAAGACAUCUCAUAUUGCAGCUGCAAUGAAAAACACUGGGUCCAUACAUGCUUUUGAUCGUGACAAGAAAAGAUGUGAUGCUAUGAAGGCAUUGCUAAGAAAAUACAACGUCACGUGUGUCACAGUUAGUAAUAUGGACUUUUUGAAAGUAUGCCCCGAAGAUUACUCUAACGUCCAGUACAUCUUAGUAGAUCCCUCUUGCUCAGGAUCUGGUAUCAUAAGAAGACAAGAGAUACAUAGCUCAGUAUCUCCUCAGAGACUAACAUCUCUCUCAAGAUUCCAGUCCAUGAUACUGAAGCAUGCACUGUCCUUCCCCUCAGUAAAGAGAGUUGUUUACUCAACAUGUUCAAUACAUCCUGAAGAAAAUGAAGGAGUUGUGUCUGAAGCAUUGAGUGCACACAAGGAUCAGUUCAAAUUGGUUCACAUCUUACCCGAUUGGACUAACAGAGGACUGGCAGAAUAUGAGGGAGGGUCGUGCUGUGUUAGAGUAAUACCAUCAGAAGAUUUUUGUCAAGGAUUCUUUGUAGCAUCAUUUGAGAGAAUAGAUUAGCUCCAAUAUAUUGUAGACAUCAUUGUGAAUGUACAUAAAGCAAACUAUUGUGUAAAUUAUUAA